GGUCAAUCAGGGGAGCGAGCGCCCUCGGCCGUUGUGCCGGAUUAGAAAACCAAAAUAUGCGUACAACUUGUCGACGCUUUUUUAUGACCUCCGGGCCAGCGACGUCGCUUCUUGGUCUUUCACUGGUUUUGUUUCAAAAUGUAGUUUGCAACCUCGUUAUCCUCGUUGCCGCCACCAACACCGAGAAGGUUUUGCAGGCAAAGCAGCUGUUCACAACGAACUUUUUUUGCCAGGAGACCAAGUGCAUCAACCCGAUUUUUCCGGCUUUCCGCCUUCUCGGCGUCUCGCAAUUGGAGCAGCAGGAAAAGAAAACCCUAUGAGAGUACACAACGUUCCCUUGCCCUCCUCCUCAUUUUUUUUUUGCAUGAACAGCAAUGAAUACACGUGGAGCCUGUGCAUGGCAAGUUCGUCAUGCGCGUAGCAUAGUACUGUUUGGGCGUCUGAAACAAACUGUCAUGCAAACAUUACCACAGAUCAGUGCAGCGCUUGGAUUUGGUAUUCUGCAUGACAAAUGAGAGGGAGUGGGACGAGUUUUGCACUCUCAUAAACCUGGUCCUGCCUCAACGAACUGGAUCUGAACAGUCCCGGAACGGAACCCGCGGACCAACAGCCUAGCGCGUUGAAUCUGCAGAACUUCCGAUCCUACGCUAAUUUCUGUCAGCACUUGCUCGACUAUGAUUUUUCCGUGCCAAACUGGGUGCCGAACGAGUCCACGAUCGAGACCACCCUGAAACAAGAGGACGAAAAAAUAUCAAAUGUAAAUCGAAGCGGCUGGGUCUGGAAACUUGUGAUGCUAGUCAGGCAGGCGCGGGCAAGUUUUAUCCGAGCUGCUAAGGCGGGCUCUUGCGUGCUUCUACAAGAGCAGGUUGUUUAUGCGCCCAUGAUGCAUCACAAGCACAAGGCAUGUUAGAGGCAUAGGCAUUGCAGACAAGCAUGUUGACAAAUCCCAGUCUCACAAGCUUCCAGAUUCAGACGCAGAUUAUAUAUUUGAAAUGUAUAAAAGGCGCUAGAAGCCUAUUUGUCGCACAUCGACGGUCUGGGUUACGAGUUCUUGGAAAAUCGCGAGCCCUGGAAAUACAAGGAGACGGUCCCCUGCUUGUACAAAGUGUACCAAAUGUCCUGCUACACGUAUUUUCCGAGUAUCCACUGCAAAUUAUGUGUCUCUGUCUGGAUUUGGAACUAUAUCACAAUCAGAAUCAAGAUCUGCAUCUGCGACGCCCUGAAGAAGUUUGACUUUGUCGAUACAUUUAUUUAUUCGGAAUCUUGUUUGUCAUGCAAAUGUGAACCGCGCAGCCUUCCACCUUUCGCGUGCUUCUUCCAAAGUUUCUUUGUCUUUGGGCUGCUAUUAGUGGUCCUCGUGCUGCAGAGGGCUGCUAGGCGUUCACAAGUUAACUUCAGAACCUGCCAGAUCCAGACAGCAGACAUCUUUGCAACCGAUGUUGCAGUGUGCACCGCCAAACUCGGCCAGUCACGGCGAGUACAUCCGGCCCUGUCGCGUAUGCAUUGCAAAAACGUCGCGCUUGACCUCGAUGUAAGACUCGAGCGCCAGAAAGAUGCAUGAAGACAAAUUAUUUAUCUACAUCUUUCGUACUCCUGCUUUACUCACCAUAGGAUACGAAAACACAUUGCCAGUCGAAGAAUUUCGAAUGCUACGCGUGCUUCAUCUUCAAUUUCUAGUAGUUCAAUGCUUUUGCCAUGCACAUCGCGGGACCUGCGACAACUACCUCCGCGCCUGCGGAGUCAGCUGCUGUGACGAAGGCACAAACUGUGUUUUUGAGCACAAGGAGCGCGUGCAGUCGCUGGCGAAUCCGACGGAAUAGGAAAUAAGAUCCAGGUCGUGUACUAUCACGUAGUUGUAAACACGGAAUUUUUACAGAUUGCAGGCAGGCAAAACCGGUGGUAUUUUGACAUCCUAUCACGCAUGCUAUGCGAAAAUGGAUGGAGGGGAUGCAAAUAAUGAUAUUGUUCAUCGCAUGGUGUGCAUGAUUUCUCCUGCGAGUCACCAUUACAACGUUGACACGACGACAUUCACUUCCUGUGAUACGGAAUCGAGUAUGAUUACGGUCAAGGGGUACGUGGACCAUCCAGGCCCGAGUCUGUUUUGCACGGGGAAUGCGAGACGGCGGUUUGGACUGUCCCCCGGGACCAGCACGGGUUUCGUCUUCGUGCUUUGCGCUUUACUCUGGACGCUGAGCAGCGUCCUCCUCACCUCACCCGGAGGUAGCGUCUUUCUUGCUGUGGAAGGCAAAAAGCUGGAACAUCGGAGCAGGUACGUAUUUAUUGUCUUCAACGACUACUCGAUCUCGAGUCGUGCCAUGAUCAGGCUCGGUGUUUUUAUCUCUAUCUAAGUUCAACGAUUCAAAUGAAAAUGUUUGAUUAUGAUAUCUCACAUCACCUGCAGUAGAUCUGAAUGUGAAGAAGUUCGACAGACCGCCGCGUUGAGAGUACAUAUUAAUCAACGUGUCGAGUUAUGACUUUUCCUACCACCGAAAAAGACAGCGCAUGCCAACCGUAGAGGACGCGGUCGCACUAUACCAAGACAAGGAACUUGCUCGGAUGACAUCGGAAGCAGCGGUAUCCUGUGUAAGAUGAACCCACCGCGGCCCAUGAUGAUCCCAGUUUACUUAUAUACUUGAAGUAUGUAGAUUUGCGUCGACCCAGCUUUGUCAUGCGCCACUCCCAAGACCCUGUCUACAGCUUAUUUUCGGUUCAUUGUGUAGCUGAUUCAAUCUUCCCAUCCUGACCGUGGGGUCGUGGGUACUAGGUUUUUCCGCAGGACAUUUCCUUUCCGACGCAGAAGGUGAUCCGACACUGAGCCAGAUCGGUGGCAUCAUAUCAAAUGUAAAAAUGUCUGGGUCUGGAAGAAUGCAACUUGUCAUGCUAAAUCUGAAGCAAGCAAAAACCUGUGUUGCAUGAGUACCAAAAGUCGUCCAGUUUUGACCAAGUCGGGCGGGAGUUUCUCAUGCAGAAUAAGCAUGAGGGAGAUCGCACAGAAUGUGUCAUGCUAGGUCCUGCAUUCCAGACCUCAAUCAUGGGUCAUGGAAAAGCUGCAUGACAAAUCGCCCUCUUUCCAGACCCAGACAUUUUUGCAUUUGAUACAUCACGGGCGGAGACGAAGCGAGUGAUGUGGUAUGCACGCAGACGAGGGAAGCGCCAACGAACCACACGAAGACAGAUUAUUUUUUGAGACACAGCAAAUAAAGCAAAACAGUAACAAAUAGAAUUUUACGGAGGAAGAAUUCAUUGAUGCUUCUGUACAGAAAUCUUGAAGGUGCUCGACGUUGCAGUUCUUACUGUAGCUGCUCGCAAAUGACUCGCAGUUUAUCACCGUAAUAUUACGCCCCGGAAGAUGUCGAAAUCGUAAAUCGAAGCGCAGCACAACUUUAGUAAAUUGUCAUACGUGGACAGCUGACUGAAAAAAAAAAUCAUUGUUUCGACGUUGGUCCUCGUGCUUCUUUCUGCUAAAAGUUUGAUAGCCCCUCACGAGCGACUACUCCGGCUCUCACACGCUGGCGAAGUGGCGGACCAAGCCCGACUUCACCCUCGAGCUGCAGGCCGCUAAGGACCCCACAACAAGCGCGCUAGGGUAAAAGUCGAAUCUUUAGCUUGUUGAAGGCAGAGGUUUUUUACUUGUGUUAUCUACCGAUCUGGGUAUUAUGUGAUUCGUCAGUUCGUUUCCUUGCUUCAGAAGUUCUUCCGCGACUAGAAAUUUUCGUGUCGUGUUUACAAAGUGAGACACUGUUAUUUGAACAGGUUAUCUUCCUGCAACAACGCAAAUAUCCCGGACGCCUUCAAGUGCGGGAAGCGCGGCGUCUGUGUACCCUUCGACCCGGUGGACGCUUCGCCGCAGGCCUUUAUGGUCUGCAAAUGCGACCCCGAGUACGCCGGACUGGAGUGUAAGACGGAAAGGAAAUCCCAACUCACCGCUUACUUCCUCUCCGUGUUUUUCGGCAUGUUUGGCGUGGACAGAUUGUAAAAGUUUGAUGUUUAUUCUUAUUGUAUAAUAUGCGAUUUAAUCGUUUUUUUUGAGCGGCUUAUAAUCGGAUUAGUGUCCUAGUAUUUAUUUCCUUGCUGCUUGCUCGGAAGACGCGAUUACUCAUUAAGUUAGUCGAUGGGAAAUUGAAAAUAACCCACUUCAGUUACAUCAACGAGUAUCUGAUCGGGAUCUUCAAGCUCCUCUCUUUCGGGGGUCUGGGCGUAUGAGAGUGCAUAACAACUAUCCGUCCCUUUAGUCAGCUGGCAACAUCCACGAGAACAGAAGGAGCGAUUGCAAUGAUAAAUUGAGCUUUGGCAACGUGACAGAUUGAAUCUAUCAUGCUGCAAGCAGUUUCAGCUAGCUUUACGUCAUCAUCCGGAGCCUGUCACGCAAGGAGUGCUGCCAAGAGCCAAACCAAAGGGUUGCUGAGAGGGUAAUGCGCAUGACAAAUGAGGGGAGCCGGGAGAUGAUGGUGAUGGCACUUCGGUGUCCGCCUGAGCUACUUUCCCUGCGUGACAGCCAUCUGCGGCCGUUUACAAAGGGGGAGGCAAAGUGUGCCGCACUUCUGUUUAGCAUGACAAAUGAGGGGAGUGAGUUGUGCACUGUCAUAGGUCGUAUGGUGGAUCCACGACGUGGUGUGGAUCGGCACGGGCAAUAUCUACGCCGAGUCCUACCGGCUGGCAACAGUUUCGUACUCGUAAAUGAUAUUCGCAAUAAUAUUGCAUGACGCCGCUUCUUAGGACGACAUGACUCAGCAUGAGCAUGACAAAUUCGAUUUAUAAUCACAGCAACAAGAUGAAGAUAAUUAUGCAAGAAAUGCAAUUAGACUUACUACUAACUAGCUACGAUUCUUUUGCAAUGCAUAAGUUCUACCGGCUGGCCAAGUCCACUGCCUCCGACAUUGUGCCCGUCGUUUUGACGCCACUGUUUUUCAUCUUUGUCGGGGUUUACUACGGCGUGAAGCACCUAAAGGCCCACACUGUCCGGAAGCGUCAGCUCGAGCGCGAGAUCCUGAACCAGUACGACAUCAACGAACUGACGACCAACAAGCACAUGCUCGGCGGGAUGUAGUACGACUAGGACUACUCGACAAGAAUAUUUUUAGAGCGGAACUGGAACUGCAAAGCAAAAGAAACUUUGUUCGCUGCCAGUCUUAUAUGAUUGGGGCCGUUUCGCUGUCGAUUUGCUAUCUCCCGCCGGUGAUUAUCAUGGGGAGAUGGCUUUUUUCCUGAAACUGCGUGUAGGAGGAAAGGCAAGAAAGU